UCAUGGCUACAGGCGCGGACGCUAAAUGCCGCUCGCAGCAUUCCGUUCUUAUGGUAACACCAUUGUCUCCAGAGCCAAAACCCCGGCGGCGGACGCGGAAGGCAGAGCUAGCUGAGCGUCUCGCUCCCGCAAGGCAACCUGUGGCGCCUUGAAGGAGGUCCGCAGAGGCCAGUACACUGAAGCGCCCCACGGAAGGCGAGCAGAGGGUGCCCGAAAGCCUAGUUCCGGGCCUUCUGCCCUCCGCCAGGAAGAAGAUGCGAGCCAGCCCCAUCCGCAUCCCAACUGUCACCAAUGAUACCGACUGGGACUUCUGCUUCCAUCUUACCCACAGGUCCCAGCAAACCAAGAUCCCAGAACAUCAGCGAACAGAUGAGUCAUCUCCCACUAGUGGAUCUGAAGAGAGUGAGGAAGACACCAAAGCCAAGGAGAAGGCCAUAGACUGUAUGUCUCAUCCCAAAGAGAAAUUGGCCCAAUCCCAGAAGAAAAUAGCUCAGCUGAUUAAGGGGAAAAAGAACAUUGAAGCAAAUAAGGAGCUGAUUCGCUGUGUCAUCCUUUCUCGGAUUAUUUUUGGGGAAGAACACUGGAAAUGUGCACAGGCUUUGGCCACCCUGGCUUAUGGCUACCUGACACUGAGAGGCCUUCCAGCUCAGGCCAAGAAACAUGCCGAGUCCGCCAAGAACGUCCUGCUGACCUGGAAGGGAACCACAACCUCAGACAAGGAAGAAAAGCAAAUUCUGGAGACUCUGGUCAUGCUCUACUACACUCUGGGGGUGGCCUGCCUCCUGCAGAACCAUGGCAGAGAGGCGUAUUUCAACCUGCAGAAGUCAGAGAGAAACAUGAAGGAGCUGAGGAAAUCAUAUAAGGGAAGCACUUGUGGGUUACAGGUCUCAGAGAACGAUCUAAGAAUCGCUUUGGGCAGAGCCUCCUUGGCCAACUGCAGGUUAAACCUUGCACUGAUAUACUUUGAAAAGGUGGUUGACAACGUUAUUGCCAAUAAGGGUGACAAUACGUCAGAUCUGGUCAGCCUUUACCAGGAAAUGGCUCAGAUCGAGCAGCUGAGGAGGAACCACGAGCACGCCAUCCAGUACUUGCACCAGGCCCAUUCUAUCUGUGUCUCUUUGUACACUGAAGUCAGCCCCCAAGCUGCAGAGGCGAGCGCGUUACUAGCCAAGGCUUAUGCCAUGUCUGGAGAGGUCCAACACAAGGAUGCUGUUGGGCUGUAUUUUAUGAAAAGCAUCACUGCAUAUCAAACAACAUUGGGCCCAGAUGAUUAUGAAACACUGACAACUGUUGAAGAAUUUUGCAAAUGGCUUGUUCAAAAUGGGGAAAAGCGGUGUCUGAUGAUUCAAAUCCUCAUAUAUGGAGAUGAGCACAGUAAAAGCAGGGACACAAAAAAUCUCCUGACCCGAAUGCAGAGGGCGAGUAACAGUUCAUCCAGAUGGAGAAGAGAAGACAUCCCAGGAAGAAGGCACUCUCUAUGCAAAAUCACAGAGGCCUGACAGAGGGCAGCGUUUGGAAGGAAUGAACCAUGUAACAGGAGAGUGGAGGAGUGACGGAAGACCCUGAUCUAUGUCAGUGGCAAGCCCAGGGCCCUGCCAACUAUGUCUACUGCCACACCAAGCAAUUAGGGCUUUUGUGUGUUUCAGGCUGUUUUAUGGUUUUCUUUGCUUGGGAAUAUCAGUAGGUUGCAGACAAUUUGUGAAUGUUUAUGUUUACUUAACUUACUGAUCAUUUGUUUUGGAAAGUGAAAGUGUUAGUGGCUCAACUGUUCAACUCUUUGCGAUGCCAUGGACUGAAGCUCACCUGGUUCCUCUGUCCAUGGGAUUCUCCAGCAAGAAUACUGGAGUGGGUUGCCAUGCCCUUCUCCAGGGGACCUUCCCGACCAAGGGAUCGAACCUGGGUAUCCUGCAUUGCAGGCAGAUUCUUUACCAUCUGAGCCACCUGGAAUUAACAUAUAUGAGCAUUGUAUGUGACUGCUAUAUGAGCACAGUGAUAAAGACAUAGGUGCUUGCUGGCUUUCCCCAGAAUCCAUCUUUCCUCUUUCUCUGAGCCAUGUUGUUUAGGCCCAGCCAUGCUGAUGGUUCCCAAAUCUAAAUUUUUAGUCUAGACUGAUCUCCUGAACUCUAUACCUAUCUAUCCAACUACUCCUUAGUGUCACAGGCUCAAGUUUAACAUAUCCAGAAAAAAAUAUUUCAACUUCCAGUUCCCCACCACCAAAUAAUUUCCUGUACAGGAGAUGAAAAAUACCAUGAUCCACCUAGUCACCCAUGCUGAGAGAGAUCGUUUAGAUGAGGAGCCUCUGGAAUACUCUGUUUAAAGUGCCUGGAAUCUUUAAUUCACAUCACUGCUUAAGUAGGGUUAGACUUAUUUCCAUUUUGAUUAGCAUUUUAACCAAUCUUGAGCCAAUUUUUUAACUACCUAACCAAUAAGAAAAGCCUGCAGUUCUUCUAACGUAGAUUCAAAAAGAAUUACACCUCUCAUACCGUAUGUAUUUAACUCCUUUACUCUAAUAUUCUGAAAUAUUUCAAAAGAGUAGAAAAAUAAAUUCUCUCUCUAAACUGAUUCUAAUCCUGAGUUUUGCCAUUUCAUUUGUUGGGUCAAAAUAUGAAAAGCAGCUUGAUAGUUUUUGAUACCAUAUUCCUGCUGAAAAUUGUCCUCUUAGGAAGCUCACCUUGACCAUGCCUCCCUAGGCAGACCUGUGCUGGUUCCCUAAAUAUCUUAAUGCCAUGUAAUUUUGUUCUCUCUAAGGUGUUCCACGUAUAUCCUCAUCACCUUGAUUUUAAGCUUUUCCUUCCUGUAGUGCUUAAUAAGGUAAAUAUGCACACUAUAGGUGAUUGAUACUUAGUGAAUGAACCAUGUAUAGAAAACACCUAUUCCCUCCAGCAUCCUGUACUAACUUGGGAAAAAGAGAUACCAUAUGCUGUGAACACCUUUUGCAAAAGUUUAAGCUCAAUUUUCCUCACAAUGCAAUUGAUCUAUGAUGGUAAGUAGUACAGCAAUGAAAUGACCACUAGUUUAUGAACUCAGAGAUUGGGCUACUCUUCUAGAAACCAACACUACCUAGCUUUAAAUAGUGAGUUAGUCUUCCUGGGUCUUCUAGUGUCCUGACACAUAAAAGUAUGAAGUAAAGAGUAGAAGCUCUCUGAAGUUCUGAAAAUUCUUGUAACCUGGGUAACAAAAACUCUGCAUCCUAAGUAAAUGUGUAAGCAGGUAGAUGGAGUAAACUACAUUAACUAGG